GGCCACGGCGUGGGAAGCAGCUCUAGGGGAGCUCCGAGCUCCCGACCACGGCCUUUGGGGGGUAGCUCUAGCUGGGUGGGCACAGCAGGGCUGGACCCCAGAGGGACAGGCAGGCGUGUUCGGGCCUGAAGACGCCGUGAUCUCCUGUCUCCCGGUCGGUGCCCUCUCCAGCUCUAGAGCCGGCUCCCAGGGAGAACUCGGUGGAACUUCAGAAACACUGGGCAGCUCCGCCUUCUGAACGAUGCCCCUGUCCCUGGGAGCCGAGAUGUGGGGGCCCGAGGCCCUGCUGCUGCUGCUGCUGCUGGCAUCAUUUACAGGCCGGUGCCGGCCCGGCGAGCUGGAGACCUCGGACGUGGUGACCGUGGUGCUGGGCCAGGACGCCAAGCUGCCCUGCUUCUACCGAGGGGACCCCGGCGAGCAGGUGGGGCAGGUGGCCUGGGCUCGGGUGGACGCGGGCGAGGGCCCCCGGGAGCUAGCGCUGCUGCAUAUCCAAUACGGGCUGCACGUGGGCGCGGCCUACGAGGGCCGCGUGGAGCAGCCGCCGCCCCCACGGAGCCCCCUGGACGGCUCCGUGCUCCUGCGCAACGCGGUGCAGGCCGACGAGGGCGAAUACGAGUGCCGCGUCAGCACCUUCCCCGCGGGCAGCUUCCAGGCGAGGCUGCGGCUCCGCGUGCUGGUGCCUCCCCUGCCCUCUCUGAACCCUGGUCCUGCGCUAGAAGAGGGCCAGGGCCUGACGCUAGCAGCCUCCUGCACAGCAGAGGGCAGCCCAGCCCCCAGCGUGACCUGGGACACGGAGGUCAAGGGCACCGCGUCCAGCCGCUCAUUCAAGCACUCCCGCUCAGCGGCUGUCACGUCCGAGUUCCACCUGGUGCCCAGCCGCAGCAUGAAUGGAAAGCCGCUCACCUGCGUGGUGUCCCACCCCGGCCUGCUCCAGGACCAGAGGAUCACCCACGUCCUCCAUGUGGCCUUCCUCGCUGAGGCCUCUGUGAGGGGCCUUGAAGACCAGAAGCUGUGGCAGGUUGGCAAAGAAGGAGCCACUCUCAAGUGCCUGAGCGAAGGGCACCCCCCACCCUCGUACAACUGGACACGGUUGGACGGGCCCCUGCCCAGCGGGGUCCGAGCGGAAGGGGACACGCUGGGCUUUCCUCCGCUGACCACAGAGCACAGUGGCAUCUACGUGUGCCACGUCAGCAAUGAGCUCUCCUCCAGGGACUCUCAGGUCACUGUGGAUGUUCUUGACCCUCAGGACGCCCCCGGGAAGCAGGUGGACCUGGUGUCGGCCUCUGUGGUGGUGGUGGGGGUGAUCGCCGCCCUCCUCUUCUGCCUCCUGGUCGUCGUGGUGCUGCUCAUGUCUCGCUACCACCGGCGCAAGGCUCAGCAGAUGACCCAGAAGUAUGAGGAGGAGUUGACCCUGACCAGGGAGAACUCCAUCCGGAGGCUGCAUUCCCAUCACGCGGACCCCAGGAGCCAGCCGGAGGAGAGUGUAGGGCUGAGAGCCGAGGGCCACCCUGAUAGUCUCAAGGACAACAGUAGCUGCUCUGUGAUGAGUGAAGAGCCAGAGGGCCGCAGUUACUCCACACUGACCACGGUGAGGGAGAUCGAAACACAGACAGAACUGCUGUCUCCGGGCUCUGGGCGGGCCGAGGAGGAGGAAGACCGGGAUGAAGGCAUCAAACACGCCAUGAACCAUUUCGUUCAAGAGAAUGGGACCCUGCGGGCCAAACCCACGGGCAAUGGCAUCUACAUCAAUGGGCGGGGGCAUCUGGUCUGACCCAGGCCUGCCUCCCUCCCCUGAACCCGGCUCCUUCUGCUGACCUGGGGAAUCUCUACUCAUCACCGGGGCCUCCCUACACACCUUGUUUCUUGAGGAAGCUGCUCCCCGUCCCACUGACUGCUCGACAUUUUCCUCCAACCCUUCUGUUCGGCGAGGGUGGGGCUCUGCCGGUUGAGCCCUCCCCGCCCUCCGAUGUGUGCGUGUGCACACACACGAUUGUGUGACUGUUCACAGACCCUGUGCGUGUGCGCGUGUGCAUGAAUGUGUGUGUGUGUGUGUGUGUGUGACAGGCCAAGUGAACUAAGAUGGGCUUGGCUUGUGUAUGGCGUGGCUAUGUGCCCUCUACCUGGAAGCCCAGGUUAUCCCCUCAGACCCCAGAGCAGUAUUAAUGACGCAGAGGUUGGAGGCGAGAGGCGGAGACUGUGGGUCAGACCCAGGUGUGCAGGCAGAGCUGGAACUGGAUUCCGGCCUCCUGAGCUGGGGAGCCGGGCUCCCACCACCUCGCCCCGGAGGCCAGGGGCACAUGUUGAAGUGGCCGGCCCAGGGGACAGCCAGGGACUAGCGCUCUUACUGGAGAAGCCCUUGGCCUUCCGGUGUUCUCUGGUGGCCUCUGCUGGCGUCUGGGCCUGCUGCAUGUGCAUAUUUUCUAUACCUAAGCCUGCUGGGGGAGCUUCUUCAAGGAAUACCGCUCCGAAUACUUUAAUAAGAGAAAACACAUCUUUAAAAACAAAAACAAAAACAAAAACAAAAAAAAACUUUUGAUUUAUCUGGAUGUUUGUUAUUACUUGGUUGGCUUAGCUUGAGGCCAGCCGCCAUGGGAAGUCAGCAAACCUGGACCUUGCUCAGACCCUGGCAAGGGGUCCAUACCCGGGCUUUGGAAAGGUGCUUCUUCGAAAGCACUUGAAUUGAGGCGGCCUCCUGGGUGGGAGCCUGGCGCUGUGGGGUCUGAGUCGGGGCGGGAGCCCCUGGGUCCCUGGCUGCAGGAGGACAGGGUAGGGUCUUGGCCCCUUCCCCCAGCUGCCUCUCUCCUCCUCACUGCAUCCACAGUGGUCUGUGGUCCCUCGGGGUCGGAGUGGGGGGGUUGCAGAGACUGGGGGACAAGGGCUCCUGGUUUGGUUGUGGUGUCAGGGAAAUAGUGUAGUGAUUACAGCCCAAGGGAGGGGGGAGUUAGGGUGGUGUGAAGGAGUUGCUUGGGACAAGAAUGUCUCCUUUCCCCCAGGAGCCUUGGGAUCACUCCCCUGGGGCUCUUCCCACGGUUUCUGCUGGUCUGGACUGGGGUCGGACACUGUGGAUUGUCACCUGACCCACCUGAAUACGCUCAGCCAGAACACCUAGGUUUUGUGCCCAAACCCUACUUGCCUGAAAUCCUCUGGAUUUCGGACCAACAGAGAGAUGCCAUCCCCUGCUCCCCAGCCAGCCCAGGAAUUUGAAUGCGGAGCCCAAAGAUCUGGGGUCUUAGUCUGUACAUUUUGUGUAAAUAUGUGCAUAUUUGUACAUAAAAUGAUAUUCUGUUUUUAAAUAAACAGAUAAAAGCU